GGAACCGGACGGACCAAAAAAACUUGCGCCCCCUUCAACACAGGGAAAAAUACCUUGAUAGUUCACAGGUAGCUUUCAGUUUUUCCCUUUUUUCGUGCGCUGACUAUUCUUCUCUUCUCUUUCCUUGCCUCUCUCUCUACUCUUCAAGGCACUAUACUAUCUCUUCCUCGCAAAUCUCCUUCCUAGCUUUUAACAGUUCAUAUCAGAAUGGCUUUACAAUCAGCAAGCAACCCAACUACCCCUAGUGCCCAAGUGGUUGGAAAUGCUUUUGUUGAGCAAUAUUACCAUAUUCUUCACACCUCACCAGAAUUGGUUUAUAGAUUUUAUCAGGAUUCAAGUGUGCUCAGCCGGCCAGAUGCCAAUGGUGUGAUGACAUCAGUGGGAACCAUGCAAGGUAUCAAUGAGAAGAUACUUUCACUGAAUUUCAAGGACUAUAAAGCGGAAAUAAAAACAGCAGAUGCUCAAAAAUCCUAUAAAGAAGGGGUUACUGUGUUAGUAACUGGAUGCUUGAUGGGCAAGGACAACUUGAAAAGGAAAUUUGCUCAGUCAUUUUUUCUUGCACCACAAGACAAUGGGUAUUUUGUUUUGAAUGAUGUUUUCAGGUAUGUGGAGGACAAUGAACCAUUGGAGAAUCACCCAGAUAAUGGAAUUGAUAACGCCUCAACAGUCCCCUCAAUCCCAGAUUCAGAGCCUUCUCAUGUUCCUAAUCCUCUUGCAUUAGACCCAGCAACAUCAAUUGUGGAAUAAGAUAAAAAGGUUGCUGAGGAAGUUCAUGAUCCUGUGGACUCUGAGAAACAGUUAAUUUAUGAGAAGGAGGUGGUUGUGGAAUCACAAUCUCAUUCUAAUGGGAAUGAUGUUUCUAUAGUUGUUGAAUCAACUUCUGCUACUCAAGAGGACACUCCAAAGAAAUCUUAUGCAUCAAUUGUUAAAGUGCCAAGAGGAAGUUCAGGUCCAACAAAAGUUUAUGUACCCACUUUUGCUGUAAAAGUGAGUUCUAAGAAACGUGAGAAUCACUCUGUGUCAGUAGCACCUGCCACAGAGCCUGAAGCUUCAGUACCAAGUAGCACUGAAACCCCUGAAAGUAGUAAUGCUCAAGAGGAAGCUGAAGCUGAAGGCCACUCCAUUUAUAUCCGUAAUUUGCCCUACAACAUGACGCCUGCUCAGCUUCAGGUAGAAUUUAAGAAAUUUGGACCGAUCAAGCAAGAUGGUGUCCAAGUUAGAUAUAAUAAGCAACAGGGAUACUGUUUUGGUUUUGUUGAAUUUCAUUCUUUGAGCUCAAUGAACAAUGCUAUAAAGGCAUCACCCAUGACCAUCGGAGGGCGUCAAGCAGUUAUUGAGAUAAAGAGAACCUCCACUCGAGUUGGUAGUGGAAGAGGUAGGUUUUCUUCUGGAAGGGCAGGAUUUCGUAGCGAAAGCUUCAGGGGCCGUGGAAAUUUUGGUGGAGGCCGGGGUUUUGUCAGGAAUGAGUUUGGAAACUGGGGUGAAUUUUCUGGUCGAGGGAGGAGUUCAACUGGGAGAGGUGAAGGUUACCAGGAAUGGAGAGGGAGAGGUGGGCGCUCAAGUGUGGCAAAGCAGAAUACUAAUUCUGCGUGAGAUCUAACACCUUGAUUUUUUGUUAACAUAUUUUUGAUAUCAGUAGUGCUCAACACUCGGAAGGAUUAAAGUCUGUUCUGUUUUAGGCAUUCAUUUGAGAAAUAACUUGUGGAUUCUGAAUUGGAGUAAUGUUUGAGAUGAAAAAGCAUUUGCCACAGUUUUAGGAUCUGUGUCAUAGAAUUAGGGUGGGCCCCCAGAAUUUUCCAUAGAUUUUGUUAUAAAUUUCGCUGAUGAUUAAGAUCAUCCUCCAGAUUUGUUUUGUCGUUUUAAUGGCAAAGUUACUUAGUUGUAAUUAUUGGUAGUUGUAAUGAUCCGGAAAUCAAUCAAUUUGCAAGAAUGUCUUGUGAGCUCAA